AUGGCGGCGGCUGGCGGCGUUCGUGGCUCCCAGCCCGGCAUGGCUUCGGCGCCGGGCAGCGCUGGCGACACCUCCCUCCUCGGCAGCGCCACAGUGUGGCCUUUGAAGCGCUACGGGCGCUUCCUCCCCCCGAAGGACGGUGACGAUGAGGGGCACAGCACCUCUUGGAAGGUGUUUGAAUCAAAUGAAGAUUCAGGCCCUCUUGUCCUUACCAUUGUGGAGUCUGGUCAUUUCUUUAUUUCCCAAGGGCGAACAGUGCUGGAAGGCUUUUCCCUGAUUGAUUCCCACAAGUGGCUGAAGAUAGUGAGGAGAGCAGACUGCCUGCUGCUGCGGGCUCAGGCCAAGAACGAGUGCCGCAUGUUCCGCGUGCAGUUCGGAGGGAGCUCCAAGGAGGAGAUGCAGGAGCACUGCUGCAGCUGUGUGCACAAACUCAGCCAGUACGUCCCAGUGCAGGGGGCUGAGGAACAGAGCCUCAGCCAGGACACCCAGGCCAUGGACACUGAGCACGCACCAGAUGAGCCUCUCCCAGACUCCUGCACCAGCCUUGGAGAAAGAAGAUCUGUAGCACAGCUUGCACAGUGGGCGCUGCGGCAGCGGCCGGGGCCGGCGCGGCGGCAGCCGGCCUGGAGCGCGCGGGAGCUGGGGCCCUUCAUCCGCCUCUGCCUCGUGGACCAGCACUUCCCAGCCUUCGUGGAGGACGUGGAGAAGGAACUGCACAGACUGGCCGAGGAAUGAGGCACGCCUGGCACUCCCUGGGCUGAUUAAAGGUUGAAAAACGAGCCAAACAGCUGUUUUUGU